CCCUCUGUAGUUUCGGACAGUGCUGGGGCGCGCGUGUGUGUGUUGUCUUCACUUUUCUUGGUGAAACAAAAAAAAAUAUAAUAAAAAGAAAUAUGCCACAGUUAUCAGGCGGCGGCGGCGGCGGAGACCCGGAGCUUUGCGCCACAGACGAAAUGAUCCCGUUCAAAGACGAAGGAGACCCGCAUAAGGAGCAGAUCUUCGCCGAGCUCAGCCACUCGGAGGAAGAGGGAGACCUGGCAGACAUCAAGUCAUCUCUGGUCAACGAGUCAGAGAGCAGCCCCAACAGCCACGAUGGAGCUAGACAGUCCCAAAUACAGCAAGAUUCAUAUCAUGAAAAACACAGAGACCAUUCUGAAGACGGAAAACUCCAAGACCUGUACAGUAAAGGCCAUCCGUACCAGGGCUACCCAGGCUACAUCAUGAUGAGCAACAUGAACGACUCCUACAUGAACAAUGGCUCCCUCUCGCCGCCCAUGCCCAGAACGUCCAACAAAGUCCCCGUGGUGCAGCCGUCCCAUGCAGUCCACCCACUCACCCCACUGAUCACGUACAGUGACGAGCACUUCGCCCCAGGAUCCCAUUCUGGUCUUCAUCCCCAGGAUAUCAACAACAAACAAGGAAUGCCAAGGCAUCACCCUGGACCAGACAUGACCAACUUCUACUCCCUGUCUCCUGGAGGAGUCGGACAGAUCACGCCACCACUGGGCUGGUUCUCACACCACAUGGUGCCCGGCCCCCCAGGUCCCCACGCCACAGGGAUCCCCCACCCGGCCAUCGUCAACCCACAGGUCAAACACGAGCCUCCGCAUGAAACAGACAUCAUGCACAUGAAACCCCAGCACGAACAGAGAAAGGAGCAGGAGCCCAAAAGACCGCACAUCAAGAAGCCGCUAAACGCCUUCAUGCUCUACAUGAAAGAAAUGCGUGCGAAUGUGGUCGCCGAGUGCACGCUGAAGGAGAGCGCUGCCAUCAAUCAGAUCCUGGGACGAAGGUGGCAUGCUUUAUCUCGGGAAGAGCAAGCUAAGUAUUAUGAGUUAGCCCGCAAGGAACGGCAGCUCCACAUGCAGCUCUACCCAGGCUGGUCCGCUCGAGACAAUUAUGGAAAGAAGAAGAAGCGGAAGAGGGAGAAGAUGCAGGAAUCAGCCCCAGGUACAGGCCAGAGAAUGAAAACGGCGUACAUCUGAGAAUAUGGAGGAAAACGGAACAAUUUCUCCACAUGCAAAGCGAAGGCAGCAGCUACGGGCCCUUUGCUAGAGAUGGAGGCCUGUUAGAUUCCAUGAAGACCCUUAAAUCUCCAAACUGAAGCCUCCAGUUCUCAGAGGAUCGCCCCCACCACCACCCCCACCCCCACUCGACUCAUCUCUUCCAACCCCACCUAAACCUUACUCCCCCCCUUCCUUCAGCACAGUAACAUGCCACCACCACCACCACCCAAGAACGCUUCACUGUUUGACUCUACUCCCGUCCUGAGGGCGCCUGCUGUAGAGACACUGAACUAAACUGAACAAGACAAUCACGAUUAGUAGGAGCACCAUCACGCAACCACACUUCUCUCACCGAAAAAAAAAAAAAAAAAAACGCCAUCAAUUUGAUGGCUGCGUUUUGGUCAGUUUCCUUUUUUACAAUCAGCUUUACUGCAAUCCCAAGGCACUGCACUGAAAAACAGCAGCAAUUUUUGAUGUGCGCACAAACUUCUCCACUGCACCGCCCAAACACCUGUUUCUAAGUUACUGUAAGUUAUUUGUCACCUCGGUUCCUUUGUAUAGUUCAUUAGGCCGACAUUCACUCCCUCAACACCCCCACCCUCACCUCUCCCCUCCCUGGAUUUUUUUUUUUUUAGACCAUUUGGGGUUUCGCCCGACCGACCAAACACCUCUUUUUAGACUGCACUAAGGAAGCCGGAGGAAUCUCAUCUUGUCUACGAAACGUCCUCAAGACGCUAAUUUAGUUUGUUGCUGACCAGUUGGUGCAAAAAAGGAUCAACAUUUUGAUUUGCUUUUCAUUUUAGACUGAAUCUUUUUGUAUUUUGAACCCUUGUUUCAAUUUCUCGGUGUAUAUUUUAUUGAUUUUUUUGUUUGUUUGUUUUUUUUUAUGUUUUUUUUUUAUAUAUAUAUAGUGGUAUAUAUGAAAAUAAGCUUUGGACACAGGAAAGCCAUUUUUCUUGUUGAAGCAUCUUGCAGAAAAUUGAAACUUAAGGCUUCUUUUGAUAACUAUUUGUAACAAAUAGUGACCUCGAGUCUUGCUCAGAUGUAAAAUAAUGCUCAGUAUGUGUACUUUUUAAAACUGUCAGGAUAUGUCAAUUUUCUUGGUAUUUUUGCAGGCAACAUUAGGACAAAGGCGAGAGUGAUAGCUCAGAGGCCUAUAUUUUAUUGUUCUAAAACAUGACAAAUGAAGCAGAUAUAUAUAUUUACCCCAGCACUUGGCAGUCUUUCUUUUAUUGCAAUGGACCUUUGUCUUUUCUCUCUGGUAGCUAAUAGUGUGGUCUUUAGCCAUGUUGUUUAUUCCAUGCAAGCAUCUCUGUAACAUUUUGAUUUUAAUGCUCUAUUUUAGUAUUACUUGAUGAAUUCCUUUUUUUUUAUUAUCAUAUUUUGGGUCACUGUCAUCUUGGUAUAGCAUUUUGCUUCCCAAGUGGUCAUAUUUGAACUGUUUCAACAUGUUUUGUUUUUGUAAGAAAAAUAAAAAGGCACCAUUGGCUCAUUUGAUCACUUGUGUGGCGGAAAGACCAGAGCUGGAAGUGCCAGAUGUAGCAGUCUGUGUGUCAUCCUUGGAGAUUAUAAUGUAAGUAUGCAUAGGCGGCAGUGGUAUGUAUGUAAUGAUGGUGCAAAGCAGGUAAAACGCAUUGGAUAUAACAUGUUUUAGUCUUUGUGGAAAGUUUAAGCUGAAAAAAAUUGACAAGUAAUCAAAACUCCAAAAGCACACAUUUACACUGUAUUAUUGUGAUAAUGAAAAAAGUAACCUCAUCGUAGUAUAAAUGUUUGUUUUAAAAAUGUCUUUAGACUUUAAAAUUCUGUAAAAACUCUGAAGGUAAAAAUUGAAUUUUUGAAGUAAACAUUUUUGAUUAAAGAGCCAUGAUCAAAGGAAAAGUCUAUUAAUAGACCAAUCUGAA